GGACGGGCCAGCAGCGCGCUGAGCUUUAGCAGGGCACCGGCAACUGAGUCUAGAGGAGCAGAGGGGACCUGAGGGUGCCGAGGGUGCCAACAAGCGCUAAUUGGACUGGAUUAGCAGGGCAGGGACGACAACCCAGAGAGACCUAAGGUUAGCUUUCAUCUAGCAAAAUUCUUGAGUGAGUGAGUGUAUUACGAACUUCGAGCCUUCGAGCCCGUCCCACCGCCAGCCAGCCCACGCGCAAUUGAUUCCGAAAUACCAGCCCAAAACUCCAAAUCAACGAUAUGUCGGUACCAUGCAGAUACGCAGCCCGUAGCUGCGCGCGGUCACUACGGUCCCCCGCUUCAUUCAGAGUCGCAGCCCCGUUCACAGCAUCAACACCAAGGCGGCACAACUCGACAGAGGCCGCGCCCACAAACUCCAAGAUUUCCGGCAUUGUCGACCAGAUUAGCCAGCUGACUCUUCUCGAAACUGCCGACCUAGUCUCUAGCUUGAAGUCUCGACUGAACAUCCCUGAUCUACCCGUUGGUGGCUUUGCUGCCGCUGCACCUGCUGCUGCACCAGCCGCCGCCGCCGAGGAGGCUGACGAGCCCGCUCCUGUCGCCCAAGAGAAGACUCUGUUUACCCUGAAGUUAACAGCAUUCGACGCCGGCGCGAAGGCUAAGAUCAUCAAGGAAGUCAAGAAUCUGCUAGGGUUGAGCUUGGUGGAUAGCAAGAAAUUUGUUGAGAGUGCACCUAAGAUGAUGAAGGAAUCUGUGCCCAAGGAAGAAGCUGAGAAGAUUGUUGCUAUGAUGAAGGAGCUUGGUGCUACCGUGACUAUGGAAUAAUUGCAAAUCUACAUUCGAAUGCUAACACAUUCAGCGUGGGCUGGCUCAUACUAUAACGAAACCCCAAAGAGCCAUGGGGUGAACAACUGUAUACAUGUAACUUACCUUGUAUAACACCUUGAGAGAACAAAGGUUAUGACAACACAUCAACAAUUUCCAUGUG